AUGAACACUGUGAGUCCUCCUCGAUCUAUGAACACAGUGAGUCCUCCUCGACCUAUGAACACAGUGAGUCCUCCUCGACCUAUGAACACAGUGAGUCCUCCUCGACCUAUGAACACAGUGAGUCCUCCUCGACCUAUGAACACAGUGAGUCCUCCUCGACAUGAACCUCCUCGACCUAUGAACACAGUGAGUCAUCCUCGACCUAUGAACACAGUGAGUCCUCCUCGACCUAUGAACACAGUGAGUCCUCCUCGACAUAUGAACACAGUGAGUCAUCCUCGACCUAUGAACACAGUGAGUCCUCCUUGA